AUGAAUGCCUCAUCAGAGGGCGACGACGCGCCGGCUGCACGCGGCAGCCGCACAGCUGCAUCGACAGCCACCCUCUCCGACCAGGCCCGCACAUGGGCCAGACCUGCCUCCGCCGCUCGCGUGACACCGCCGCACGUCGAGGCCAUCGCCGACCGUAGCCGCCGGCACAAGCACCAGCAGCCGUCGCUGACGGCCCUGACCACAGCCACGGGCGCCGCCACACCACCAUGGGCACCGCCCCCCGCCUUGAGAGCGCCAGCCCCGGCCGCCAGGGCACCCGUCCCCUGCUCCCAGCGUUUGGCCGCCGCCGCCGCCACUGCCAUCGGACGGAUCCCGGCCAGAUGCACAAGGGCAGCAGCACCGGUCCCGCUGCCAGGCCACGGGAGGCCAGAACCGGAGCGCCAGCGCCCCAAACGAACCCCGCGCCCGGCCUGCCUCCGAGCCCCAGCGUCGUCCCCGGCGUCGGGCCACCGGAUCCGGCCAUGGAGGCCCCAGCGUCGUCCCUGGCGUCGGGCCACCGGAUCCAGCCAUGGAGGCCCCAGAUCUGGUCGCCGGAGCCACCAGCAGCGCCACCGCCUGUCCGGCGGCGAGCUCCCUGCGGCACCUCCUGUGGCCGCGCCCGUGAGGUGA